AUGGGGAGGGCAAAGCAACACCCACGGGAUUCAGCAGUGGAGUUCAGAGUGGUGGGACCAGGCCGACCUCUCCUUGUCACUUUGGGGCAGGACGUUGUGCUGCCGUGUCACUUGUCCCCAGAGGUGGACGCUCGGAGCUUGGAGAUCAGGUGGAUCCGGCACCAGGUCUCUGAAACAGUGCACCUCUACCGAAAUGGAGAGGACCAGUAUGGUGAGCAGAUGAAGGAAUACGCUGGAAGGACAGAGUUGGUCAGAGAUGGUCUCUCCAAUGGGAGCCUGGACUUGCGGAUCUCUGGGUUGAGACCCUCUGAUGAUGGCCAGUACAUCUGCACUGUGCGAGAUGCUGCCUCUUAUGGAGAAGCUGUGGUGGAGCUGGAGGUGGCAGCCAUGGGCUCUGUCCCUCUUCUCUCUCAGGAGGCUUACGAUGAAAUAAGCAUCCGGGUGGUGUGUCGAUCGGCCGGCUGGUACCCGCCACCACAGGUGCUGUGGAAGGAUGGUGACGGGCAGCAUCUCCCUUCGGUCUCCCAGAGACAUUCCCCAGAUGAGAGGGGCCUCUUUGAGAUCGAAGACGUCAUCAUUGUGAGGUGGAAGGCAGGCAUGAAAGUGUGGUGCGUGAUGAGGAACAGCCUCCUGGAGCAGGAGCAGGCGUCGUCCCUGUACAUCUCAGUUCCCAUUAUCUACAAGGAUGAUUUCUGGAUUGGAUUUGUGGUUGCAUUCGCCCUGCUUUUUCUGAUGAUUUAUGUUGUCAUGGAUUGUCUCUGGCGAAGGAAAGGGCUGCAGUCCAGAGCGCUGGGUGAGUCCUGGCCCCUGCCACCAGCAAAGCCUCCUGAGAAAGGAGCCUCCAGGGAGGGACAUAGCUUUGGAUGGCUCUUGCUGGUUCUCUGGUCAUUGAUGUGGGCUGAUGGAGCACAGAAGGGACUGGAGAGCACUGGGUUUGGCAUCUGGGCACGGGAUCAGGCUGAGUCUUAAAUCUCUGCUUAAGU